UCCACAAUCGAUUCUAGAGCUAUUCGGUACGACCAUCUCUAACACUUAUGUACAGUUUAACUCAGUCGACGAGACGACAUCACGAUGUGGGCCCGUGCUAUAUUAUUUAUUGCAUUCAGCGUGACCGUCGCAAACUCAGAAUAUGUGAGGAAGAAGAUUUGUAAGGAUGUGGAUUCGUCCCUGUGCGUGGUGCACAGCGUAAUCGUGGACCCCUGCCGCCAAGGACCUUCCUUCUGCCUAAUCAGGCCCGACAAGUCCUACGGAAUGACCAUCAACAUGACGCCCAAAUUUUCUGCUAGCAAGCUAAAGCUGGCGGUGUACGGCGACGUGGCUCAGGAUGACUCCUACAGCGUGAUGUUCAGACCGCCUAAAGACGCGUGCGACUAUCUCUUCUGCCCCAUGCAGGCUGAAGAGAGGAAGCUCUUCGAUAUGAACUUCAGUGUUGAUAAAAGGGCUAACGGUAAAUUCCCGCUAAAGGUGAAACUGUGGAACGAAGAGGACGAGUCGCAAGCGUGCUGUUUCACUUUUACUGUUAAAGCAAAAUGAUCAUUUUGAGUAAAAUAUAUAUUUUUGUAUA